CUCAUAUAUGCAUUGAAUCGUUUUCAUGGUUACAAAAUCGAAGUUCUACGAAGUGCUUCCCAUGAUGCUGCUUAGUGUCACGUUUUGCUUGCUUCGGAUCGUUUCCGAUGAUGGCUCGACGACUUGAAACACUCAACACCACCAUCACGAUAAACAUGAAGCUCCAGUCUGUCCGCGCACAACCCAAGCUGCUCACGACUGGACGGCCGAGCCUCCGAAUUGGACUUGGGAGAAGCAAAAACCCGAUCCGAGAAAGAUCGAAUGAGUUUCUGUGCCUCUCCGGUGCCAAAUGCAAAGGCAUGUUUGGAAGCCUUACUCUCCGAGCCAAGCUGUACCAAGCUGUACCAAGCAUCGGCAUCCGGUCUUUCUCGUUUAAGCUUUUGCCUAGAUACGUGUCUUGGCAUUCAUGUAUAAGUACUUCUCAGUAGCCCUCUCAACCUUUUUCUCUUCUCAUCCUCAGCAGCUUCAGCAUCUUCUUCUUUCUUACUUCAAGCCUUCUUUCAGUCCAGCCAGGUGCCGGUCGCAGUUUUUCCAACUUCAACUAUCUUUCAUUUAAUAUCUUUGCUUUCGAUCUUCUACUUCACAUACAGUCAAGAUGCAAUACUCAUCAGCAAUCCUCCUUGUGGCCUUCGCCGCCACCAAUGUCUUCGCUCAUGGUGUCGUUGACUCUAUCGUCGGUGCCAACAAAGUAACCAUGCCAGGUCUCUCAGUCGCCGAUGGAACCCCUCGUGAUUGUGCUUCUCCAGCCUGUGGCUCUGAGGCCGACACUUCCAUUAUCCGCGACAGAGAGAUUGGUACCGCCAAGGCCUCAGCUCUCGGCCGAACUCAAGGAGGCGGACCAGUCGAUGCCGCCAAGAUGAUCUCACUCUUCAUGGGUGGUGAUGCAAACUCCACAGAUGCCGUCGAAGCUCGUGAGCUCCACACUGCCAACGUUCUCCGCCGCUCUCUCGGUGAGCGUGCUGCCAACGGCGGUACCAAGACCCCCAAGGGCACCACGGAGACAGGCGUCAAGGCCGCAGCCGGUGCAGGAGCCUCAUCUGGUCUCCCAACCACCUCCGACGAUGGCACAGUCACCAUGACCUUCCACCAAGUCAACCAAGAUGGCGCCGGCCCAUUGACCGCCGCGAUCGACCCCUCCUCCGGCGGAACCGACCCAGCUGCCUUCCAAAAUGCAGAGGUCACCCAGAACGUCCCAGGUAUCGGCAUCGGGGGUCUCUCCGCUGCUCAGACCAUGGACUUCCCCGUCGCUAUCGCCAUGCCAGCUGGCAUGACUUGCUCCGGCUCUGUCGGAGGCGCCAGCAACGUCUGCAUUGCUAGGCUCAAGAAUGCUGCUCUUGCGGGCCCAUUUGGUGGCUCCAUCGCCUUCACACAGUCUGCUGCUGCCAAGAAGCGUGCCAUCGAGUAUAAUCUCAGCAAGCGCCGCUUCGCACGCUCGCUCGCCAACCAGCAGUAAACUUGCUGCUCGGGAUGAGAAUGAUGAUGACGGUUUAAUGAUUGAUGGGGGUGAUUGUAUAUAAUGGAUGUUGGUAGUGCUUUUUCUCUUAUGUCUCAAGUAAAGUACAUAUUUAGCAGGGUCGUUUGUGGGAAGUUGUCUAGGUGGUUGGGAUGAUCUGAAUCUGAGAUUCUGACAUUCUUUUGGUGAUGAGGAAAAAUUUAUAUAGACGAAUUCACUGAAUACACUCCUUAAAACAAUAGAUGCUUGCUAAUAAUCUCGCUCCCUAUGAAUCUAUCUCUAUCCUCUUG